AUGGAGCUUCAGAAGGUUGUCAACAAGAUCGUAGAAGCAAACCCAAACGUAAGCUGUCCAGUACAAGCUUGUUUCUCUGAACUUGCAAAACUGUUAAGCGCAAUGGCAGCACAGUCGGUGCUUCUCAAUCCGAAGAGAGGUUUACAUUGCCAUAACCCAUCGCGUAAGGCUUCGGUCGCACAGUUUGCAAGGAACCAUAUUACCGAGUACCCCAAGAAUAUAGUCAAAUUGAUUGACACUGCUGCGUGGAUACCACCCACGUGCGGUGCUUCAGCAGCUUUGGUUGGAUCUUUAUUUCCGUUGGUUGAUUAUUGGUAUUUACGACGCCCACACGAGUUUCAGAAAGAAUGGAGCGACGUUAUGAGAUGCCUCGGUGGGUUCAUCGGAGUAGCAUAUGCGGCGACGGUACAUUUGCUAUUUAAUCCUUUUACUCAUGCGAUAAUCCCAUUUAUUCCCCAAACUGACAAUACCGAUCAACUUCAGAAACUCCCAUGGAAUGGGACCAUGGUUAUGUAUUUGAUGGUUUUGAAUGGAGUUUAUAGGACUAUUUUAUGGGUGACAUAUUGGGGAUUAAUCAUGGUUCAUCGAAGUUAUUCUCGACCUUUAGUGAUGCCUUAUCAACUAGCUUACAAUUGCAAGGAUCGUAGAGACACGACGUUCCCCGUUAUUUCUAUUGCAUUUUUAAAGAAACGUCUCACAGAUUACUAUACUCGACUUGCUAACCAAAACCUCCCUAUGUGCAGUUUUACACAAGCUGACUUUUUCGGAGUUAGGUCGUGGACUCCGUCGCUUCUAACAGCUUUUUUUAUCCUCUUGACUGCACUAUGCUUCUAUUUGAACCGCAUACUUGUCGACAAGCGGAAAUUACAGAGAACAAACGCCCUCCUAAAGAGACUAUAUUCUAGUAAUUUAGUGUAUGCGCAACUGGAACGUCAAAUUCAUACUCUAAAGUCUGUGAUCGAAGACUAUCCGUGGAUACCAGAGUCAGAAGAUGGUUGCGAUAACAAUGGUAAUAACAACUGUUUCAGUAAUAACGCGCGCACGAAAACUGCCGAAACAGUAGUGAUUAAAUCUGAAGAAGAACCAGACUCAACGAGAGCUGUUGAAACAAAAGUCGAAAGAAUGAAUGGGCAAUGGGACCAAACAGAUAGUAUAAUCACAAGUAUGGGUGGAUGCACUAUUACGAGCGAGAAACCCACGAAGAACGUAAACGGAAUGUCGUCUAUCGAUGACGGUGUUGGGCUAGCGACAUUACGCGAAGCAUGCGAGAUGCUAGUGACUGGAGAAAUCAUAUUGAAACACUUGGAGAAACAGCAACAGGCAGCGAGAGUUGAUUUAUUAAAGGAUGGUGUAUACACCGAAUGUUCUCAGCAGGUCAUUUAA